UAUGUGGCUAGCUAGUGACUUAACACUCAACAGAGUCAUAACAGCAAAGCUAGCUAGCUAGUUGAGAUAUUAGUUUGACUGAUCGAUCACUUGAAAUGUUGUCAAAUGCAUACAUAUAGGUUGAACCACCACUUUAUCAUUACUUCUCUGGCAUGGCAUGGCAUGGUAUGAAUGCAUGAGAAGUGAAACCAUUCACGUAUUCACCAAUCUGGGUAUAUAGUUUGAACUGCAACUUUGGAUCAGAGUGGAAUAAAAAGCAGGCUAGCUAGCUUCUGUUUGUUAUUAGCUUCCCUAGGCAGAGUUGUUUAACUGAUUGAUAUCUUGCACUUUGAUUGUUUGUUUCCAUGACCUAGGUUGUGUUGCGUUGUAGUCAUGGUGUAUACCUAUUUGGUGUAAACAUCAUUAACUCCAUUGUGUACAGUAUGGGGAAGCAUUGCAAAUUAAAGCCCAGUUAUGGGCAAAGGGAAAAGGAACGAACAAGCUAAGGAUAUCCAUCCAUCGUUCCCCAGGCUGCUGCAUGCUGAUGGGAAAAGAAAAGAAAAGAAAAGAAAAGAACGUCUCUCUCAUUCAAUUCAUCUUCCUCUGACUCUCACUUCUAUUAUGAAAUGCAAGAUAAAUAUAUAGGUAGCCCAGACUCCGAUCCAUUCUACUUACCCUACCUAGCUAGCUAGCUUAGCUUCUUCUCUCCAACCCAAAACGUAACCUGCAGCUAGCACGUACGGUACGGUACCACUCGAUCUCCUUCCACAGCUACCAAACCAUGGGUUCUCGAAUGUCAAGCUUCCUCCAAGACCAGUUCCAGCUUCCCACACUUCUUCCCACUCCCACUUUCACCUGCAGCUUCCCAGCCCGCCACCUCCCUUCCUUGAAGCUUUCAAAAACCACCAAAGCUGUAGCCCUCAUUAUCACCAACGAAACCCUAGAGAAGAUGUGCUCCAUUGGCGCCGUCUCCCUCCUCCAACCAUUCCUUACCGAAGCCUUCAAUUUCACGCCGGACCAAGCUCGAACCACCAUGUUUCUCUAUGGGGGCAUCACCAACCUGGUGCCAGUGCUGGGAGCCGUCGUGUCCGACUCUUACCUCGGACGCUUCACAACCCUUUCCAUCUCCACACCCUGCUCCCUCCUCGCGGCGGUACUUCUAAUGUUGACCGCAUUCCCUGGGAUGCACCCACGACAAGAACGCAAGGCGGAAGCAUGGCAGAUGGCUCUUCUCUACGGCAGCUUCUUCUUCUUCACGCUGGCGGCUGCAGGGAUCCGUUCGUGCAACCUGCCGUUCGGGAUCGAUCAAUACGAUCUCACGACGGAGGCAGGGCAGCGAGGGAAGGAGAGGUUCGUUAGUUGGAAUUACGCCUCCUUCACCCUCUCCAUCACUGCGUCGGUCAUAGUCAUACCCAUCGUCCAGGAGAUCACAAAAAGCUGGGUGGUGGGGUUCCUCAUCCCGACUUGCUUUAUGAUGCUCUCCUGCCUCCUCUUCUUCGCCGGAUUGCCGCUCUACCUCAAGUCCAAGCCGGAGGGGAGCCCCCAGGUCUCGGUGCUGCGGGUCUUCAUCGCCAGCUUUAGGAACCGGAACCUGCCGCUUCCUUCUGACCCCAAUCACCUCUUCACCUGCCCUUCUCAUGGCCAGCCUGCUGCCACCGUUUGCACGACCAACCACCUCAGGAUGUUGGAGAAGGCGGCCAUCCUCCCGGCGGCAAUCAGCAGCAACGCCGGGGAGGAAGAAGAAGAAGGACCAGAAAUCACCACCGCCAGGCCUUCAGCCGUCGACUACCACCGGCAGUACCCAUGGAGGCUCUGCUCCAUCGAACAAGUGGAGGAUGCCAAAUCGGUGGUCAAGGUCAUGCUGAUGUGGGCUCCGGCCAUCAUCUACCAGAUGGGGGCGUCGGAGCUCCAAGGUCACGGAUAUUCCCAAGCAGCUGCGAUGGACAGGAAGAUGGGUCCAAACUUGAAAUUCCCGGCGGCUUCAAUUGGGAUCUUCUCGGCGGUGGCCCUCACCACGUGGGUCACCGUCUACGACAACGUCAUCGUCCCACUCGCCAGAAAGAGGAGAAACAGCAGCAGCAGCGGUGAUCACAACAGGCUGCUUGAGCUGUCCAUCCUGCAAAGAAUGGGGAUCGGCAUGUGCAUCUCGACCCUUGCGGUGGUUGUGGCGGGGAUUGUAGAAGGCCAACGGCGGCGACACGUAGAACCCACGUCUGUAUUUUGGCUAGUGCCGCAAUUGGUGCUUCUGGGAGUCGCCGAGGGGUUUAACGGUGUGGCCCAGAUAGAAUUCUAUCAUGCCGAGCUCCCGGCAACCAUGGCCAGCCUGACCGGGGGGUUUUUCGCACUCGGUUAUUCUUUCGCCUCCUUUGCCGCCGCGUUGCUCGAGAGCAUUGUUCGUGCCACCACUAGAUCGCCGGAUAACAAGAAGAUACAUUGGCUUUCGGAUAAUGGAGGAAAACUUGACCACCACUAUUUUGUGGUGGCGGGCCUGGCGACUCUGAAUUUAGCAUGGUUUCUCUUUAUGGCCAAGCGAUACAAACUUCGUCCCGGCGCCAAUUGAUGAAGAUCGACGAUGAUAUGCUUGUAUUUGAUUAUUACUUAGUAUCAUAUUUGUGUUUUGAGUUUUUUUUUUUUACUAUCUAUAUUUGUGUUUGAGCUUUAGUUAUUAAGUUUGAAUGUAAUGCAAAUUGAGGUUAAUUAAGGAUAUAUAUAUUUUACUUGGAUAAAUUAAAUGUGUUGUGUUAAAAAAUCUUUUCAAUCAUAGUCAGAACUAGCUUUUAUAUAUCUAUUUAGUAUUUAGUACGUGGACGAUUAAUUUAUUUUUAAAACUUUUGCUGUUAUAUUCUAUCGAUAUAAUUUCAUUUAUCGAUUACGUAAAAGGUUGAGUUCAUAACUAUGGGGUUCUAGAUUCUUCGAUUAUAGCUACUUUUAUUUUCCCAAGGCUCCUCUCUACCACUGGCUGUAACAACCUAUGGUUAAUUAUAAAGUGUUGUUGUUUAAUUGAUUCAACUACGUUAGAGGUAAACACAAAAUACAAGUCGUUUUCAUGGUGACCUUAUAACUUGUUAUUAAGACAGAGGAAGAAGCCCUGAGUCAAGACUAACAAAAAAGCAGAAGCAUCAAUCAUUUGACUCGAUUGCAUACCUCAUAUAAUCAUGCAAAGUUGCAAACACAUCUAAAAAAAGACAAGGUUGUAGAUUGCAAAUGAGAGCUUUCAGAAAAUGGGUAUCAUCCAUCCAUGCUACAUACGUGCUAUAAUCAUAUGUUUGCGGUGCUUUCAAUUGAUUAUGGUAGUUAAAUAUUUUCUAGUUUAAUUUUUCGGAUGGCUUGAUCGGUGACGUAGGAGAUCUAUGGUUUUUUGGCGUCGGCGGCAGGGAGAAGAUGAGGAGCUCCUGUUCGAGUUCAUGAUGAUGGAAGGGUCGGAGUCAAUGUGACAGACUCAGGAAUUUUAUCAGGGGUGUCCUCUUCCAAGAACUUGUUAUAUUUCCAGGAAGGACAAGGUGCAAUGUUAUGAACAUACUCAUCAUCCAUACUAAAAUAUGAAUAGAUUCAUUAUGGCAAAACAAGACACCAUCCUCAAGUAAAGAUUCCCAACCCUUGGUCUCUCAUCUCUUGUAAUCCAUUCUUUCCCAAAUGAAAAAGUUUUGUAACAUUUACAAUGUCUUUAUCUUUCCCUUGCAAUGUUAGGGACAACUCAUUCCUAAUUGAUAACAUGUUAAUCAUCAACUUCAAAAUGAAGACAUCCCUGAAAUUUUAAAGCGUAAUCAACAUCCCCAUGCAUCACUAGCUGCUUUUGAUUCUAUAGGUGGAUCUUUUUUUUAUUCUCCCCAACACAUCAAUAAUAGUAGAGAACAAUGAUUCAAAAUUGAGAAAUGCCUCAUAAUAAGAACCCUAUUGAAUAUCACAUAUUCUUUUGAGACUCAUUUCUUGAUUCAAUUCCUGUCCAGCUUCUUUUUCAUUAGCAGCUAUAGCCUUUGCAAGCUUCAUGGUUUGGCUAUAUUGUACCAUGUGAGCUCGUUGCUAGAUCCCCCAACCAAAUUAGUCACAUUAUUGACUGUUGUAAAAAAGUUGUCAAAUUCUUUGUGAUUCCCUACUACCGCAACAGGUGCAAACUGAAGCUGAUUAGGAAAACAGUGAAUGUAUAUGCAUAAGAAUUUUCAGCCAAAAUCAAAGACUUCAAAGUUCAAGCCAUUGAUUUCCCCGUUCAUGUUACUAGCUCUAUCUAGCUCUAUCAUACCAUUGUGCCCUUAAUUAUCAUUGACAUACUAAAUCCAUGUUUCAAAAGCAUUGCUUCAGUUUCCAUUCUUCAAUGUCAAAACUUUGAUAUUUGGGACAUAGAAGUACAAAAAAAAUCUCCAUAACAUUACCCUCAUGAUUGACAUAGCACAAAACAAUAGUCGUAUGUGUUCUUUCAUUAAUAUAUAAUGAGUCUCAUCAACCAAUAUGCAGAAAAAUCACUUCCAAUGUCUGUAGUGAUGAUUUUCUCAUUCUUUUCACAAGCCAUGACAUAUGAACAAUAUCUCUUUUGAAUCUUUAGAGAAUAUAUUUGAAAUUAGGAU